CGACAGCGCGUCGAUCCUUCGACUUCGACGCUCCGUCCCAGUUUUCCAGAAUUUUGCAAUUUUCAACAUGCCCAUAUUAUCAAACGAUGCAUUCCUGUCCCAACUCACUCGCCUCUACGAAAGAUCAAAAGAAUCGGGAACCGUCUACGUAACAAUGAAGCGAUAUGCGUAUGAUAAGCGAAAGGAUAGUUCAGCUUUAAGCGAUCCCGACACAGAAUACCGAUGUCUAGUUCGGGCUGUUGGCGGCUCGACGAAGAUUAGUACUCUGGUCAACCCGCAAGAUACCGACAGAUUCCACGACGCCUACACAAAUAUCAUCAGGUUACACAUGGACUCUCUUAAAAAGAAGGAGCGUACGAAAAAGGUCAAGAAGCCAAAAGGCGCGGUAGCAAUGGAGUCCUGAUGGCCCGGAUACGUAUUAUAAUAAUUCGAGAGGGGAAAUCGGCGAGAAGCAAAUGUGUGGGAAGAGCAGCCUCUUAGGGUAACUGCUGGUACUCGUUAUUUGUAAAUAGAUACGGUUAGAUUCGCAUGUUCCAAGAUGAAAUAGCACACCUUGUAGAAUAGUAGAUCCUGGAUGGAUCACAAUGUACAGGGAACCUACUGUCCCGAUUCCAUUACAACGUACCACAACAACACACACUGUACGAACACAUUGCUCAAUAUCUA